CGAGUCGGAUGCGGUGGUGGUCGGGAGGCUGAUGGCCGAGCAGCAGCUGUUGCAACACCAACAACAUACCAAUACACAGCAUACACAACAUCAACACCAGCAACAGCAGCAUCCAUCAGUGGAAGAUGAACAACAACAACACAACAACCCACAGAAACAGCAACAACAACAAGAGCAGCAUCCCCAACCAGAUGUGGAUCCACAACAGCAAAAGGUGGAACAAGGGCAGCAAGAACAGCCAAAGGAUGUGGAAAUGAUGCAUCAACAGCAGGCGGAUGAUGAAGACACACAACAGCAACAACAACAACAACAACAACAACAGCCGCACCAUCACACGGAUCAACAACUGGAGACGGAUAUGGAACUAGAUCUGGACCUGGACUUUGAUCAGGAAUACAUUGAGGGUAUGGAAUACGAGGAUGAGGAAGAUGUCGAAGUUGAUGUGGAUUUGGACGGCGAUGUCGAUGUUGAUGUCGAUGUGAACGAAGCGGUGGGCAACGACAACGAGGAGGAGGUUGAGGAAGAGGAGGAGGAGGAGGAGGAGGAAGACACUGACGAUGGUACCAUUGUCGAGGACAGUGAUGCCACCAGUUGCAGCAGUUGUCGUCGCGCCGAACUGGAUGAGCUGCAACAGCUUCAACAGCAGCAGGAGGAGGAGCUACUCCAACAACAACAACAAACACUACAACAGCACCAACAACAAACACUACAGCAACAGACACUACAACAGCAAACACUACAACAGCAGCCGGGGCACGUGGUGGAGGUACCUGCUGCUGUGGUUCCAGCUCCUGUUGCACCUGUUCAGGAUGGCGACAACAACGAUGAUGACGAGGAUCUGGAUGUGGAUGUCGAUAUCGAUAUAGAACUUCCAUCGGUAGAUGGUGCCUAGAUCCUCGCCGAGCGAUUAUAGUUCCAUAUACGCAAAUCAAUCUCCAAAACGCACACCCACACACACACAUGCGCAGUCGCAGCAGCAGCAACCGCAACCGCAGCAGCAGAAAAACAACAGCAACAACAACAGAAUGUUCGUCCGUGUGGCAUGGUGCUAAUGAACGAAAUACCCAAAUUUUGUUGCUUUUGGUAUUUCAAUCAUUGAUUGAUCAGACACUAAUCACAGACACAGAGACUCACGCAUCAAAAAUUUUGGACAAAACAAAAUGUGUUUACACACACCCAAAAUACAACGCUAGAUAGAUCCGAUUAUAUAUAUACAUAUAGAUAUAGAUAUAGAUCGCGGAUCGCAGAUCGUAGUAGGACCAACGCCGCUAAAAUCAUCAACUAAUUAGAUCAUUUCCCCAUCUGGCUAUAACAACCACCAAAUCGAUAUAUAUUUACACGUGCAUUUUCCCCUAUUUAUAUGUAUUUGACAAUUGUUUAAUUGAUCGAUAUGAUAUGAUGUAUGAACCACACUCACACACACACUUAUUGAUUGAUAUGAUGUGAUGUAUACACGCAACAAACAAAACACAAACACAAAUAUUUUUAUUUGUUUUUUGUUUCUUUUUUGUUUUUAAAGACACGAAAAUUAUGUGCAACAACCUCCAAUCACGAUUAAAAAUAAUGUUGAACUUAAA